UUUUUCCCAACAUCCGGGACCUUUGUAUCUAACCACCGGGCAGUGAAAAGCGCUGGAAAGGCGGACUGAUGACAGCUGUCAGUGUGGACAAAAACACUACCAAUCUCUGAAUGGCUCUCCCCUAAACCUCCUGGAGAAAGGGACAACGCCUUGGCAGUGUCGCGGUUGAUUUGAAGGUGUCGCGGAGCUGUCGACAUACGCUUCUGUGUAUUUUCUGGCCUUGCACAUCAUUGGUGGAGCUACAGUUGCAGAGGCAACAUGGGGACACAAGGCUCUGGUAGAAAGCGUGCCCCCGUGAAAGACCGGUUCUCAGCAGAGGAUGAGGCUUUGAGUAGCAUUGCUCGGGAGGCGGAGGCGAGGCUUGCAGCCAAGAGGGCGGCUCGAGCGGAGGCCAGGGAUAUUCGAAUGAAGGAACUUGAGCGGCAGCAGAAAGAGCGUUCUUACUUCUCCUCCAGCAGUAGCACCAGAAAAUGGGGUCAGAUCCACCAGUGGAUGGCUGACUCAGAAAAAGCCAGAGGCUCUAGUAGUAGUAUAACCAGCCGUCAUCGCCGGGGGCUGGAUGAUGAUGUCAUGUCAGUCCGCAGCUACAGGUCAACAUCAUCGGCGACACGUGACUUGGGGUCUAACAGUCGAUCCAGUUCCCAUAGAAAAGAUGUGUUGUCUGAUGGCCUCUCCUCUAGCUCCACCCUCAAGAGUUCCCGCUCCACUAGUUCUGUGUACAGUGACCUGCAUGGCCAUAAAAGGGCCUCAUCCAGCUCCUCGAAGAAAGACCUGCUGACUGGACUUUACCACGAUCAAAGGAACUACUCCAGCCUAACGAAGACAAAACCAACGCCUCCUCCCUCCACCUCCACCUAUCGGCCUCGGGCCACCACUUCUUCCUCCUCCACCGUUGGCACGGGGCUGCCUCGCAGCUACAGCAUGGCCUCUAUUUGCAAUGAUGCCGGUCUUAGCGGCUCGGGAUACACUUCAAGACCUCCCUCUGAAUACAGCUGUUACUCCUCUAGAGCCAGCUCCACCCGCAGCAGCCCCGUGUCUUCCUCUGAUGAUGACACUGUCAGCAGCGUGUCCCAGGAUCGCUUCAGCAGAGGCCGCAGGGACAGUGUGUCGUCUGACUUCUCGGACAUUAGUGAGUCGGCUGCUGAUUAUUUCAGCCGCACCAACCGGAGAGGCAGUAUUGUGUCUGACUUUGAUGAUUUGAGCAUCCCGGAUUUGGACGCUCUGGACGACAAAUGUGACAAGCAGUAUACAGAUUUUAGUCGGCCGUCUUCCCGAUGUGCCACACCGGGCCUCUCGGCAGCCACGUUAGCAUCACUGGGUGGCACCUCGUCACGACGGGGCAGCGCAGACACGGGUAGCGCUUAUGACCCCGACACCAGUCUGAGUGAACUUAGGGAUAUCUAUGAACUAAAGGACCAGAUUCAGGAUGUAGAAGGGCGGUACAUGCAAGGGCUUAAAGAGCUGAAGGAGUCACUUGCCGAGGUGGAGGAGAAAUAUAAGAAAGCCAUGGUAUCGAAUGCACAGCUGGACAACGACAAAGGCAACCUCAUCUAUCAAGUGGACACACUAAAGGACGUCAUAGAAGAGAUGGAGGAACAAACUGCUGAGAUGAAGAGGGAGCUGGAAGACAAGACAAAGGAACUACAAAGACAAAAGCACACGUGUACAGUCCUGCAGCAUAAACAGGACGAACUGAAAGAGGGAAUUCGCCAGAGAGAUGAGCUGAUAGAGGAGAGCCAGCGAAUGCAGACUAAGUUAGACACCCUCACCAGAGAGGCGUUUGACCUGCAGGAAACCAUAAACUGGAAGGACAAAAAGAUUGGGGCCCUAGAGAGGCAGAAAGAGUACUUUGAUUGCAUUAGGAAUGAGAGAGACGAGCUCAGAGAUGAGCUUGCUGACAUCAAGGGGAAGGCCAAAGCAGGAGAGACACAUGGGCUGAUCAUCAUCCCAGACAGCACUCCUAAUGGAGAUGUCAACCAUGAGCCUCUGUCCUCAGGAAUCACUGUGGUCUCCCAGGAGGCCGCCCAGGUGCUGGAGUCUGCAGGAGAGGGCCCGCUGGAUGUCAGGCUACGGAAGUUGGCAGAGGAGAAAGAUGAACUGCUGGCUCAGAUCAGGAAGCUGAGGAAUCAGCUGGAGGAGGAGAGACAGAAGCACACAAAGAUGGACAGUACGUGCAUAGACGGGGAGAGGAUGGAGAACGGUACAGACCUACACAUUAUAGAGAUGCAGAGAGAUGCCAACCGACAGAUUAGUGAAUACAAAUUCAAGCUUUCUAAGGCAGAACAGGAAAUGGGUACAAUGGAACAAAAUAUUAACAGACUUGAAGGGCAAGUGUCCAGGUACAAGUCAUCAGCAGACAACUCGGAGAAAGUAGAGGACGAACUUAAAGCAGAAAAAAGGAAACUUCAAAGAGAGCUGCGCACAGCUCUAGAUAAGACCGAGGAGAUGGAGAUGACCAACAACCAUCUAGUAAAACGCCUUGAGAAGAUGAAAGCCAACAGGAACGCCCUCCUGUCACAGCAGUGAGGCAAGGCAGCGUCACCACAGAAGCCCUUAAACUCGCCCCUCAGACCUCUGACUGCCAUAUUGCGUCUGGAGCACAUUUCCAUUUUUAGGGUUAACACUUUAAGAAUUGUAGCUAACCAAAAACACUUAAAAAAAAACAAAAAAAACAACUGUAGCACAGGCAACAAACUGAACUGUGUGUUUUGUCUGGUAGUGUUUUUGGAGGGAUGACUCAGAAACUUAACUAAUAAAACUAUAAAGUUGCUGGGAGAUGGAUCUGAGGAAAUUUCUCUACUCGCUACUUAAUUUUUCAGAGCUUUGUACUACAUGUUAUCCAUGAGAUGUCUUAUCUCUCUGGCUGGGUGCUUGGCUGUACUGUUUUUUUGUUUUUGAUAAGUUGCAUGAAUGAGUAUAAUGAUGCUUUUUAAACUAUUCAACCCUCACGGCUGCUCCGGCCUUGCACCUUCCCAGCUUCCCCUCACAGUGAAGUGCCUUUUCACACUAGGAGACCGGGGGUUCGCGCCGCUCAAUGAAACAAGAAUUGUUUUUAACUGGUACAGAAAGAUGUAUUUAAAAAGGUGCAGUCAUUAUUUGAAAAAUAUGUAAAACAAACUGUUUCUGCUGCGGUUUCAUUGAAAUUUUUCAAAUAUUUAAAAGAUUUCUUGAAAAUAAAUGUGUAAUUUACAAAAGUGUGUACCAUCUGAAUCUUCUUUUUCUUACUCUGGUUUUAGUUACAGACCAUGUGACUGGAAUAAAGAGACUGUUACUAUAGCAUAAGUCAUGGAAAUACAUUUGCAGGUUUGUUUCAUUUUCCAUGCUUUUAGGUGUUUCAAGUGUAAUUGUCCAGAAGGUAUUUGGAAACAUUCGUGGCGGUGUUCAUUUCCUUCACAGAGCUCUGCUUCCUCCAAACGUCUCACGUGUUUUAGACGGACGGGGAACAUGUAGCUGUAAUAAAAGUCAAGCAAGUGUGUUGGCACAUUUUAGGUUUCAUAAGGGGACUCGUGACACAAUUCUGUUUUUCCUGGCAGCAUGUUUCAAUUCUUACUUUUAGAAAACCAUGUGUAGCCUUGGCACAUUUAAAUAGGUUAUUCAGAACAGGAAUAUUGUUUUUCACUCAAACAUCUGAAGCCUUUUCUCAUACAAAUAUUUUAUUUACAGAACAAAUCAAGUAUUAAAAAAAAAAAAAAAAAAAGAGCAGCAUGUAGGGUUGAUUUGGUGAUCAGAUUUAGCACCUCUCAAAUACUUUAUAGAGAUCGGGUAAGUUGGCGAUCUGCAGCACACUGCCGUCCUCACUGAAGUUCUUCGGAGGACUCAAGAGGGUUCGGAAAGCUUUGAAAAUGAAGUGCUCAACUUUCCAACGCCACGAGUUUACCUCAGCUUCCUGAAACAAGAAUCACGUCAGUUCAAUUAUUUGUCGUUAUUGUAAAGGAAGUUUAAAAUGUGUCUAGCUCUAGCAUUGUUUUAAACGUGAGUCUGGUGUUCCUGCACACCUGCUCCUCUCCCGGCUGGGCCGCUAAGAUGUAGCGCUUCCUGAUGGAGUAGAACAUGCUGCACUCCUUGCUCAAGUCUCUGAAGCACUCCUUUUCAUUGUCCCAGUUCACCUGCACAACACCAGCAAGCAGAAGCCUUGAGAUAGUCUGUUUACAGAAUCUCAUAAUAAAUGAGGAGAGCGGUUCACCUCAGUGGCCAGGCGCAAGAUGAACAUGGGGAGGCCCUCCAUGAGGGGCGUGUACUUGUCGAGCAGUAACGGCAGCCCUGUUAGAUUGCCUUCCUACAAUGCACAAAGCUCAGGUUUACAGCAUGUGUAA